CCACGGGCCACUAAAAUGGUGAGCCCUUCAACGAACAUCGUCCGACCUAAACAACGACAAAAUCAAACUACGGGCCUCCACAAAAACCUCCAGUUAUUAGCAGGAAUGCAACAAGAUUAAAAUAUCUUUUUAACCAAGAACUCAUUCACGCUAUCCAGAAAAAGAUUCCAAGGAACAAACAGCACACAUCCUCCUAGGCGAAGUCAAAAGUCAAAGUCUGGAGGUCGUACCUUUACCCGCACUUACGAAGUUGUGAGUUACUAUGAAUGCUCCUGCUUCGUUCGAACCAUUCCUGCUUGCCGAUGGUGAGAAGAAGAUCUCCUUCGAAAAGGACACUCAGGUUCCAAAUGCUGCCAUUUUUACCCUAAAUCGAGAGGAUCACACUGUUGGAAAUAUGAUAACAUGCCAGUUACUAAAAGAUCCAAGAGUAUUAUUUGCAGGAUACAAAGCUCCUCAUCCAUUGGAGCACAAAAUCGUCAUUCGAGUACAUACAGCUCAUCCGGCGACACCUGUAGAUGUUUUCGUUUCUGCUCUGAAAGAUCUUAUAAGUGAGAUCUCGAAUAUAGAAGAGCAGUUCAGAAUGGCGACAAAAUGAAACAUUGCAUUUGUACAUAUUAUUUAUUUAUAUAUUCAUAACGAUAAAAUGAAAAUGCUUGUCCUGCAAACUUUUGUCUUUCGAUUAAUCCAUUCCUUUUUACCUUGUUGAAAUGUAAAGUUAAGGAAGUUGAAAGCAUAAUGAUGUCGGGUUAUAUAGGACUGGUUUGCUGUAAACAUUUUCGGGUGAUUUUUCUGAGGAUUUUAUUUCCUCACUGUAGCUAGUAUCACCUGAUGGCAUACAGAAAUCCCGUGUAUGUGAAGUGAAAGAUACUCGUUUCUUUAAGAUCUAUAUUUCUUUUAAUAUUCCAUACAUGUCCUAAAUACCUCAUUGAUUUAAAACAGCUUCGAGAUGCCAUCCGUAAAUGACUGCGUUUUAUAGCGGACGAUUUCGAAAUUGUGGACUACUUAACUGCAUAUCUGACAUGUUCAUCAAACAAAUUCAAAACAUUAGGUUUAGUAGAAUUUAAAAUUGACUUAGUGGAGACAGACUGCUAAUGCAAUAUCGUUUCGCUCAGUCGGUCAACUUCACCGGGGCCAUCUCAUCGUUCUAAAUUAUUAAAUCUAUUUUUUAUUCUGUUGUUAUCAGCAGAGAUUCACUUAGUUAGGAGCACAAACUAACCUCCUGGACUCAGUUUUUUUAUUUAUAAUGGUUGGUCUAUUUAUUUAUUUGAACAUAUAAAUAUUGGUACAAAGGAGCACCAGAUACAUAUGCAUCACACAAUAAUAAUGAGAAUGUGAAGAGAUAGAGAAUGUAAGGUGUGUAUAAGAAAAAGGGGAACAAUAACGAACAGACAUUAGUGAAAUAGUAAUGGAAGAGGCAGUUCAGUUUACAAAAGUACAGCCAGGGAGAAUUCUUCCAGUCAAAAAAGUUACGUCCUUUUUUAUGAAGAAAGUAAAAUAACGUUAGAACAGAGUCGCCACUGGUUCCUAUUUUGAGCCGCAUCUGAUAACUUCUCUAGCCACUGUGUUGCACCAUCUCUCGAACCCCAGCCAGGGAAACGUGAAGGACCAACAGGAGCCAACUCUUUGCAGCUUUCUUUCAUACCACGACACCAUGUCAUACACUGGCCAUCUCUCCGCUAUCUUCCAACCAGUCCCAAUGUCGGCAAAUAGUGCACGAAGAGGAAUUUUCUGGGACGACAUUCGUAGUACAUGUCCAAGACACUGAAGUCGAUGUUUCAAGAUAGUGACACCAAUCGAAUUAUCGUCGCUGUGCCUGAACACACGAUGCCGAACCUCUGCAUUACUAACAUGGUGUUGCCACUGGAUGUCAGCAAUCCUUCGGAGACAGCGAUGAUCAAACACAACCGUCUAACAUCCUCAACUAGAAGGGGUCAGGUUUUACAAGCAUAGAGCAAAACUACUCUCACCGACGCGUUUUAGGUCCGACGUUUUACAGCCAGACUAACAUUACGAAGAUGCCAAAGGUGGCCCAGAUUGGCAUAAGCCGCUCACUAUCCAGGGUGAGUGCAGGGUCAAGGUCCUGCUAGUCUUGUAGAAGUACUUUGCACUUCGAAGGUGCGAAGCAAAUACCAUACUUACGGACACUGAUUGCCAACUGAUUAAGUGCGGAUUGCAUGCCUUGGGCAUUAUCGCACAGUAAGACAAUAUUAUCCGCAUACUCAAGAUCGAGAAGUCUUUCUCCAGGCAACAGAUCCACACCUCCAUUACUUACAUCCAUCAGAGCUGUUUCCAGGACGUCGAUAGUAAGGUUGAAGAGGAAUGGUGAAAUUGGGCAACCCUGCUUAACCCCAUUGCUUGCAUGGAACAAUGGAGAGGUGAUUGUAUGCCCUCAUUCUGUCUGAGGUGUUUGUAUAUAGAGCUUUUAAGGUGUUAAUAAACUUCUCAGGCACACCCUUCUUCAAUAGACAAUUCCAGAGAACAAUCCUGUCCAACGAAUCGAAGGCAGCCCAGAUGUCAAGAAACACUGCGAUUGUUGGCCUUUGAUAAGUAUGGCAGUGUUCUAACAUUUGGCGGAGGGUGAAGAUGUGAUCAAUACAUCCUCGACCAGAACGAAACCCAGCCUGCUCCUCGCGAGGCAAUCUUUCUCGGGUUUUGAACAACAUACGAAGUAUGACGGAAGCCAAUAGCUUGGACGCAAUCGGAAGUAGACUUAUCCCCCUAUAGUUGUUACAGGAACGACGUGAACCCUUUUUAAAGAUAGGGACAACUAUCGACUCAUUCCAUGACGUUGGUACACUCUCUAGUUCCCAGACCUUUGCAAACAACGUCGUCAAUUCUUUAGUCAAAAAGUCACCACCAUCUUUAAAAAGAGCCGGAUGUAAGUCAUCUAGGCCAGGUGAUUUGUAACGCUUCAAGAGUUGGAGUUCCUUGCGGACUUCCGCCUCAUUUGGUGGAUCAAUCGUCACCGGCCAUGGAGGGCAGGACAGUCUGACCGAUGUUGUCGGAGCAGCAGACCAGUUAAACUGCCCGUCGUCCAAGAAGUCGAUAGAUGUUAGUGAUUGGCAUCCCUUCAUCUUCACGGUUUGUUUUGCUUACGUCAAACUUCUUGCUCCCAAUGGCUCUUUAUUUAUUUUGAACAUAAAUAUUGGUACAAGGGGGCACCAGAUACAUCUGAGCCACACCGUAGUAUAUAAAAAAAUAGUAAUAAUAAUAAUGAGUGUUAUCAAGUGAAUGUGGAAUGUCUAAAUUCUAAUUGUAGUGAGCAUAGUACUUCCUGAAAUGAUUGUCAUCUCAGGUGGUUUUCUUAGGGGGCCACACUACGAGCCUUCGACCGAAAGGUCUGAUCCCCAAGGCAGUGGAGCAUCAUAAAGAGAUGCAGUCCCGUGGUAGCCGGUGACCAAAAUUUGGUUCAUACGCAGUUUGUUCCUUCGGGAUACUGAAGCCUAUGUGCACCAUUGGUUUGGAAUAAGGGUUUCCCAACUCCCCCAGGUGAACCCAGUUAAAAUGCUGGAAUUCCGCUUUUCGUCCUCUGAAUUUCUUAAACAACAGUAAUGCCGCGAUAAGGCAGUGGAUGUAUGCACGUGGCCAUGUGAGAGCAUUUCGAAAGGGGGGCGCGGCCCUCCACACUCGGCCAUACCAGGACAUUUGGAGGUAUGACAAUGGCUCGGAUGAAUUGAAAGAGCUUCCGGCAGUUACCAGAUGUAGCUGCUGCUUCUAAGUCAUUGGCACGCCCCGACUGCCAGGCUUCACGGUCCUUACGUAAGCCUUGCUCAAUUUCAUUGCGUAACAGUCGUCGUUUGUGGUCAAACUCGUGGUCACCCUGAGUAGACCGACGGGCUUCAAUUAGUUGUAAGGAGCUAGAAGAAACCCAGUGUUUAUAGGCGGGACGUUUCGCGAAGCCGCGAGCGACUUAACUCGCCAUUUUCGUGGCGUCAUGCAAUUGCAACCAGUGCUCAUCUAUACUUUACGAUGGGAUGUUAGCUAGCCUUGAACCCAGCUCGGUUUGAUAUUUAGUUGCAACAGAAGCUGCAACCAAUUUACUGACAUUGAUCCGUUUAGGACGAUGAAUUUGUUAGCCACUGAAAAGUAAGGUUAGAUUAGCGCAAACAAGGGCAUGAUCAGAGUUCAUACAGGUACUCCAAAAGGAGCGACAGUCUUGUACAGUCACGCUAGCGGUAGCUGAUUGCGAUGUGAUCAAUCUGAGUUCAGGCUUGAGAUGCAGAGGGAGGACGCCAAGUGGCACAUCGGCAAUGACUGUACCGGUAGUUAGUGCUAACCAGAAACAGGUUGUGGUCUGUGCACAGUUGCAGUAGACGGUUCCCGUUAUCUGACCUGCGACCAACAAAUCCCCAUCGGCCACUUGAAUCAUAAGAUGCAUAUUGCUGUCAUUGAUAAGUAGUACAUGAAAGUCAUAGACAUUUCGAGAAAGUGUCAUCACUACAACUUUAUGUCCAUUUUGGAGUGAUAGAUGCCAUAUCUUGACCAUGACAAGUAAACAGCAUGUGCUAAUGUUUAAGGCUCGUUUAAUUUUCAGGAGAUAACCGCUAUUACUGAACUAGCAUUGCUGUACUAAGGUCCAAUUAAGGUAUUGCAUUAUAUUCAAGUCUGUAUUAUUUAUUCUUCUUUUUAGCUGUAAAAAAUGACAUUGUUUAAUGAAACUAGAGAAUAAACCUGGUUUUGGGAUCUAACAUUUUUUGGUUUAGAAGACCGAAAAUCAACUUUACAGAGGUAGAAUAAGUGGUGUAGUGUUAGAUAAUUCUGGUCUAGUUACAAAGUUUAUAUUCUUAUAUAUGUUGUAACCGUGAAGACUGCUGAAUAAUUGUUCAAUAACAGCGAUCAAUGAUUGGACACUGGGUGACAUGGUUCAAUCGUUCAUUAUGAUGCAGAUAUAUUCACUCUCUAUUUUUCUAUCGAUAGUGAACUCCAGUAUUCCUUCAUACAUACUUCUUUCUACUCUGUUUUUUAGAACUCUAUCCUCAAUGCUUAGUUUUCCUCAUUAUAAUUUCUACUACAUUAUUUCAAUCUCUCUUGUUAUAUAUCUUGUUAAUUUCAUCUCGUCUUACUAACACAGUAUGGCAAAUUGGCUUGUAGAUCACCAACGUAGAUUAUCUAUGUCGAAAAUGAUUGGAGGCCUACUCGAGCUAGACGUGAAUUGUGUGACAAACUGGCUAAAGUCGAAGUCACACCUCGUGGUCAGCACCUUACGUGGACUACCCCAUUGACGUAUUAAGGUACCAUAGAUGCUUUGAAGACUGUACAACACAGAGGACGUUAUUACAGAAAUAUAUUAGUUAAAGUAGAUACAAGCGAAAGUAAGACCACUGUCCCAUGGGCCAGUCCAUAGCAUACGAUUAACUGAUUCGUGUUGGUUGUCCCUGACCCUGACGAGGAUCGAUAUUCAAUGACCCAACUGCCGGAUGAUUUGACUAGGACUUAGUGACAUUUCGCUGGCCCUUCAGGCUCAAUCCACGUCUAUGCCAGGCUCUAUGUUAAUGCUGACUGAAUAUUUGUAGCAGGAAAACCAACAUUAUUUCUAAACGAUUGAUUGCUUUGAUCAGAGAACCACUGUGAUAUACACUAUGCAAAUAAAAAGACAAACUGACUAUAGAGGCAGAUUUAUUUCACAAUCUGAAAUAAAUCAACUACUUUAGCCAGAAACAUUCUUUUUUAUAUUAAUUUUACACUUGACGUUUGGUUAAAAAAUGUGUCAUAAAAGGAAACUACAAAACGGGUACUACAAAGAGUCCAUGCUGUGUGUCAUACUGAACUAAGUUCACAUUAAUUCAAUUCAAAAACUAGUGUCCUGAGUAAUUAUCACACUGAAAUAAAAAUCAAUCUUAUACUAAACAAAAUAUCACUGAAAAUAAAACGAACGUUAUACUGAGGAGUUAUAAGUCUGAAUAAGAAACGGAAGUAAUAUUGGAUCACAACUACUUCAAGCUGAGGUGCAAUUCCGCUGUUUUAUUCUAUCCUAAAAGAAGAAAACAGCAAGAAAUGAAGGAUUGUUACGACAAAUAUAUUUUUAUGCAUACUUAAGACUUUGGUUUAACAAACUGGUUUAUGGAAAGCAUUUUCUAAACUCCAGUGCUUCGAAACAUCUGUCGAACAAGUUCUGAGUGUUUCUCCUUCAUAUUAUAUUAUUUACACAAUGAUAUAUUCUCUACUAUCAACUCUAAAGGCUUUAUAGAUGGUAUUUUUUACUACGUUAUUCGUUAGCUAAUGGUAGUUAGUACUGAGUCAGUCUUUGUGGAUUACUUUUUAAGGUUCGGAAUGUAGACGAUAGAGAUCCAGCUUAAUAAUCUGAAGAUUGAGAUAUUUACUUGAUAAUAUGAAAGUUCUAAAGAUCGUCAUUGGCAUAACAAAAUAGCUUUCCAACAAGUAUUUCACUAAUACGAAGCAAAAUGCAGUUUACAACCAUGAGUGACUAGUUAUACAACUGUUAAAAACAAAGAAUCUUUGGACAAUUGUUUCAUCUUCGUAUGGAAGUCUCUGCUUAUUGAUUCAUGAUCUUUUCUUGCAACAGAAAGUAAAACAUUCAGGCUAUAUAAAGACGUCAUUAACCUAGAUCACUAAGUUGGGAUUCAAUUGUCUACAUUGUGAAUUCAUACAUAGAUUUCUUUUAAAAAUCACCAAAAGUUGGUCAAUCCAUUAACAUGAACCAAUAAAUAAAUAAAUUGUUUAUUGUUAUAUCCCGACAAGAAUAAUGAAUGGUAACUUUUGGGAUCUAUUGAUGGACCAAUACUAAACGUAUAUUUCUAUUGUAUAAUUAUUAAGUAACUAAGCUAUGCAUAUUCAUAUUCCUCUUAUUAUAAGCUUUAUUUUGACCCAUAAAC